AUGGCUGAAUGUAGAGUCAUCAUCGUUGUCGUUGUGGUGAUGUUGGGGGCUGUGGUUGGUCUGACUACGGAUGGCCACAUACAGACAACACCGUCUCCUGAAGUUCAGCAUGUGACAACAGCAUCUCGUUUCCAUGGAAGUUCUACAACGAAAGAUUUGAGGAGUGGUGAUGGCCUGGACAGCGCGAGUACGGGUUCUACUCCAGUGAAAUGUACCGUUGGUGGAAGUCCAACUGGGAAUAAUGCCUCUGUCGCCUGUGUUGACGAUCCGUCAGACGACCCAAGCAACAACACUGACGCCAUCGAGAGCAACGUUGUGAUGUGUAAAGAAGAGGGCGAAGAAGGUAACAUAACUAUUUGUAAAAGAACGAACACUAAACGGGUUUCAGUCAUAUCUCUGGGUUCUCUCAGCAAGGCCAAUUACAUAAUAGCGGAGGAAAUAUGCAGAUAUAUCUAUUACCCACUUCUGGCCAGUGCAGUUCUCCUCAACACCUUCAACAUAAUGGUUUACACCGACCCCGCCAUGAGAAGUCCCACCAGCACCUACCUGAUAGCUCUUGCAACUGACGAACUCCUCUUUGCAUGUUUAUCCACUUUGAGAUCGACUCUCAAGGCUGUUUACGGUGUCGACGCUGUAAAGAAACAGCUGUAUCUCACAUUCGCCAUGUACGUUUCUAACUUCGUCUUAGCAAGUCUCCGUGUCCUCAUGUACUGCCUGACUGUUCUCGUCUCCCUGGAACGUUUCCUUGCUGUCGCCUUCCCGCUAAAGUCAAGAAGCUUUCGCUUAAUCAAGUCACCUCUUAUCUUCAUAGUGGCGAUGUCCGCGAUUUGUUUUCUAUGUCAUUUACCAGGAGCUUUUAAAUACAAUGUUGUCCCCAAACCCAACUCGACAGACUAUACCAUCAAGCCAUCGGUGAUGUUCAUUAACAACAGGAACCUCCUACUCGGCAUUGGGGCGGCCAACAAGAUCCUCUUUACCUACAUCGUCCUCGUCUGCGGACUCAUCAUGAACCUGUGCGUCCUCCUGGCUCUCAGGAUGCACAGCAGGAACAGACAGAAGAUGAACACGACAGUUGACGCAGAAAAGGCGGCAAAGCGAGAGAGGCAGACGACAAUCACCAUCCUGACUUCGACAUUCCUCUUCACAGUUCUGGCAAUACCUCUGGCUACAGAUUCCAUGGUCCAGACCUUCGUGGCUGAUUAUAAUGUGUACAAGAAGGAACAUUACGUCAACAUGCUGAUGAAAGAGGUCAACGGUUUACUUAUCAUGUUCAGCCUGUCCACUGACUUCGUGUUCUACAUUGCAUUGAGCAAGGCCUACCGACGAACCUUCUUCAGACGACUUCCUUUCAUGGCGACGAUCUGCAGACGACAGCAAUAUGUGCAAAACUCAUUUGGGACUCAAUCUCAAACACAGGUGUCGACGUUGUCUGAGACUUGCAGUAAAGAUUCAUAA